UACAUGCGCUAUUCUUCAUAAUAAAUAAAUAUAUAUAUAUAUAUUCUUACUGUUUAAUAUCGAGAAAAAAAAGAGUGAAGGGGAGGAAAAGGUGGAGGACGAAUGCGCCGUGCGUGGGGUGAGGUUCCGUACGCAAGGUGUACUCACCUUUCGCGAUGUAUGGCAACCAUAGCCAUGGGUCCCUCGGGCGCACCAAACGAAGAAAUUCAAAAAGACGACACCCCUCACGACUACCUCACAUCGGGUUUUCCAAAAGAUCUGGACUCGCAGGCCCAUCAGGCCUCGCGAACGGCAAUAAUUGAGGAGAUCCUCUGCUACGAUAAAGAGGUCUUCAACCUCAAGCGCCAACAUGAGCUCAGUAUGCUCCGCGUCGAGAAUAACCAACGGCGGAUUUUGAAAGAUCAAGAAGACCGCGGCCUCUACUACGAACAAAACUGUAAUGUGCACACCUUCGAGACGGUAUCGAGUGGGUUGCAUUCACAGCGUAGUACACUAUACCACACGAUGGGCGUGGAGCGGUUGCGUAAUUUUAAGCUCCUGCUGAUCAUCUUGACGACUAUUAUGACGUGUUUCUAUCUUUACUUUCGCUAUAUGGUAAAUCCGAAAUGGGAGUAUGUGGAGAGGCCGGUGAAGGUGCUUGGGAGCCGUGUGCAAACGGUGCGCGAAAUUCGCUGGAAUCGCAUGACAGAUGAAGAUAAAAUUCAGGAGCUUGAAGAUAAAAGAAAGUUUUUAACGCCUUCUACUGAGAAGAAAUAA